AUGUCUUGCCAGGGGUCAGAAUCUUCCGUUCCUACUCCCCCCGCUUCAAUUGGAAGUGCUUCUGCUUCAAUUCAAGUUGGAGAUACAUCAACAAGUACACCAGUUACUUCACAAAGUCCAAGUGAGGUAAAUGCAAAUCCUAUUCAUAUAGAUUUAGGUGAUGAUGAGGAGAUGACUGAGGAAAAUAGAAAAAGAAAAUUGACCUCUUCAGUGUGGCAGCAUUUUAAGCUACAGAGAAUUAAUAAUGUGUCCAAAGCAAUUUGCAGACAAUGCAACAAACAGUUAGGGGGUGAGUCGAAAAAUGGGACAAGUCAUUUACAUGCUCAUUUAAAUAGAUGUCCUCUUCGAGGUCAGAAGGAUGUCAAACAAAUGUUUUUGAAUCAAUUUAAAGAACCUAGUGGUAGGAUUGCAAUGGGAGCAUUUGAUUUUGAUCAAGAGAAAGGUAGGACGGAACUUGCAAAUAUGAUCAUCCUACACGAAUAUCCUCUUUCAAUGGUUGAGCAUACUGGGUUUAGAAAGUUUUGUAAUACAAUUCAACCAUUAUUUAAAGUUGUUUCUCGUAAUACCAUCAAGGCUGAUAUCUUGAAAAUUUAUGAUUAUGAGAGAACAAAAGUAAUGGGCUUGUUAGAGAGGACCAAUAGUAGAAUAGCAGUCACCACUGAUAUGUGGACAUCCAAUCAAAAGAAGGGAUUUAUGGCUAUCACUGCACAUUACAUAGAUGAUUCUUGGAGGCUUCAGAGCCGAAUUUUGAGAUUUAUAUAUGUCCCUUGUCCCCACACUGCUGAGUCACUGUCUACUGUGUUAAUGGAUUGUCUAUUUGAUUGGAAUAUUGAUCAGAAAUUGUCCACAUUGACUGUUGAUAAUUGCACCACGAAUGACGCUAUGAUUAACAUUAUGUUAGAUAAGCUUUCUCUUGGUUCUUUAUUGUUGAAUGCCCGAGUGUUGAGAGAAUUCGCGAUAGUGUUUCAUAUUGGUCAGCAACACCAAAAAAAAGUUGAAACUUUUGAGGCAGUUGCACGACAAAUGAAAAUCCCUUGUGGAAAAAAGUUAUUAUUAGAUUGCAAGACUCGAUGGAACUCUACGUAUCUAAUGAUUCAUACUGCUUUGCUUUACAAAGAACUUUUUCCUCGACUAAGGCAAAGAGAGCCUCAUUACAGAAGUGUGCCGAGUGAGAGUGAUUGGGAAUUGGCUACAGAGAUUUGUGAUAAGUUGGAGAUAUUUUAUGAAGCGACUGAAUUAUUUUCAGGAACAAAAUAUCCUACUGCCAAUUUGUACUUUCCCAAUAUUUGUGACAUAAAGUUGGCAAUCCGUGAUUGGAGCACAUCAUCUUGCGAUGAAGUCAAAUGGAUGGCGUCAAGCAUGAAGGAAAAGUUUGAUAAAUAUUGGAGUGGCAUGCAUGAAAUUCUAGCUGUUGCAACUAUAUUGGAUCCUAGAUACAAGAUGAAACUAGUUGAAUACUAUUUUCCUUUGAUUUUUGGAGAUGAAGCUCAGGAAGAGGUUGAAAAGGUUAGAGCAUUUGGUCAUAAGUUGCUCAAAGAGUACAAGAGACCAUAUCGUUCGACAGAAAAUACAUCUUUGUUUCCAUCAUCUUCACAAUCAGAGUCGUCUACUACUAGUGGAAAACAUUCUCGCAUGGCUGGUUUUGAUACAUUUGUUAGCCUUUCUGUUACUACUGAUCAUGUAAAAACAGAGUUCGAUAUUUUUCUAAAUGAGCCAGUAUUGCCUAGGGUGGACGGUUUUGAUCUAUUGACAUGGUGGAAAGCAAAUUCAAUAAAAUAUCCGACUUUACAGAAGGUUGCAAGAGAUUUAUUAGCCAUUCCAGUAUCUACUGUUGCAUCCGAGUCAGCAUUUAGUACAAGUGGUAGAUUUGUGAGCCCACAUAGAAAUAGGCUUCACCCGAAGACUUUAGAAGCUUUAAUGUGUGCUCGAGAUUGGCUUUGGUCUGAUAUUCAUGAAAAUUCUGGUCCUUCAUCAUAUUCCGGAGCUUGUGCAAAGUUUGAUGACGAGGAUGUUGACGAAGAGGAAUCGACUUUGAGUUUUGACGGAUGCCAGUAAGAGUUGUGGAGAAGAAUGAAGAUUGAAUAUGAAUUGAAGUUGAAGCUUUUUGAGUUAUUGAAUAUUGUUUGUUAAAUUUGGAUUUUGCGUUUGAGAAUUGGGAUUUUUUUGCAUUUUCAUUUGGGAUGUAUUGUUGUUCGUUACAUUAACUUAGUAUCAUGUUUUUGUUUUCAUUUUACUUCGACGGAUGGACCAAUUAAAAAUAAUUUAUUUUCGUGGUUA